AUGGAGGCGGUUUGGAGACGCCUCCAACAAAUAAGCUCCACUCCGGGAGAACGGAAGUUCUCCCAGAAACUCAUGGGACUAGAGGCUUGCAACCUGCCCAUGGGUUUUAAAAUUUUUUACGCAAAACACAAUAAUAGAAAAGAGUCUCCUGAUUCCAGAGGAAAGCCUGGUACGGUAGCGCCAGGUAGGACAGGAUUGCAGGAGUCAUGUAGGCUACCGAAACGGAAAAGGAUUAGGAUGGCGAUCUGUACUUAUAAUGCACGUACGCAUGCAUCGGAAGCGACCAUCGAAGAUCUGAUGGUGCAAGCCAAGAAGAUUAAGCACGACGUCGUCGGACUGACCGAGACGAGACGACGUCACUCUCUCAAUGCCGUAUAUGAAACUGGAGAAGAACUGUUCUUAGGAACAUGCGACAGUAGAGGUGUUGGUAGAGUUGACGUCCUCGUCAACACGAGUAUGGCAAAGAACAUCGACUCUUUCGAACAACUUACGACCCGAAUCGGAUGUCUGCUGAUGAAAAGAUGUGCUCCAACACCAGCUUUGACUAUCUUCGUCGCUUUCGUUCCAACAUCAAGCUACGAAGAAGAAGAAGAAGUCGAAGCUUUCUAUAUGGACCUGGAGAAGUUCUAA